UAUAUGAAAUACUACAGAAAAUAAUUAUACAGAACAUUACGUGUAUAUGUAAUCUAUAAUGUUUGAGUGAAAAAAGCGGGAAAUUUAGAAUUUAUAUUAUCAACUAUGCAGAAAAAAGCCAGGAAAACAAGGCGUCAGCUUUUGGCAGAUAAGGCAGCAGUGCAGCAACAAUUAAUCAAUAGGGCAAAUGCUUUGACGAAUCCUUUGGAAACUUUAGACAAGUUCCAUGAAUAUAUUACAAAAGAUUAUACGAUAAAACUGUCUUGCAUUAGAGCAAAAAAUGCGCAGCCGGAAUGCCUUUCUUGGAUAUUUGAUAUCAUGGAAAGAAACAUGAAAGACAUGUAUGAACAAUCUACUUGGGGUUGGGAUGCAGCUGAGAAACAAGCAGAACUAAUGGAAGAAAUGGCUUGGUAUUUGAUAGCAUCAUGCAAUGACAAAUUUUUAGGCUUUUCACAUUUUCGAUUUGAUAUCGACAAUGGCGAUGUAGUAUUAUAUUGUUAUGAAUUACAAUUGGAACCAGAAGUCAGACGUAAAGGACUUGGUCGUUUUAUGAUGUCAGCCCUGGAAUCUAUGGCAUAUCAGAAUCAGAUGUUGAAAAUUGUUCUAACAGUUUUUAAACGUAAUUUGUUGGCAAUACAAUUCUUCUAUACACUUGGAUAUAAGUUAGAUAAUUCGAGUCCAACCUCAGCACACUUGGAUUAUAUAAUCUUGAGUAAACAAAAUUUACAUGGAUAAAAAGAAAACAAAACAUGCUGAGUUUCUCUUAUAUAUUUUUUCCUGAUUAAGACUGUGUUUUAUGAAACAA